AUGCCGACUCCAUACGAGAAAGAAAUGGAACAUUUACGUUCACUUCUAGCUGAAGUUGAAUCUGAUGAAGAGUCGAUAGAUGAAGAAAAUGCAGUUGAUAAUUUUUUGGAAGAACAUUUUUCAGAUCAUGAAAAUUUCAGCGAGCAUGACACGGAAUCCGAAGAGGAUGGUGAUUCAGAAAAUGAAGAACUAAAUAAUUCGGAAUGGUUUUUCGCAAAAGAUGGUGUAAAGUGGAAGAAAACUAAAUUUAGGCAGAAUGUUCGAACUCGCUGUUUUAAUAUUGUAUCGCACUUACCUGGAACUAAAGGACUAGCGAAAAAUGUGACAAACCCAUUGAACAGUUGGGAGUUAUACAUCGACGAUAGUAUGAUACAAAUAAUUGUGGAGUGUACAAACAUAUUUAUCGAGAAAUGCGCACCAAAUUUUUCUCGUGAUAGAGAUGCACGUAAAACGGAUGCUCUCGAAAUUCGUGCUUUGUUAGGUUUAUUAUAUAUGUGUGGUUUACACAAAACUUCACGACUGAAUGUGCGGGAUUUAUGGGCAACUGACGGAACAGGUGUCAGCAUUUUCCGUACAACAAUGUCGUACAAACGUUUUUUGUUUCUACUACGUUGUAUGAGAUUCGAUAAUAUACAUGAUAGAAAGCAGAGGCAGUUGUAUGACAAACUCGCAGCCAUAAGAGACUUUUUUCAAUCAUUUGUUACAAACUGUCAAAAGUACUACACUUUGGGAGAAUACGUGACAAUUGAUAAAAAAUUGGAGCCUUUUCGUGGUCGUUGUGGAUUUCGCCAGUACAUGCCUAAAAAACCUGCAAAAUAUGGCAUAAAAAUCUUUGCUUUGGUGGAUGCACGGACAUUUUACACCAGUAAUAUGGAAGUGUAUGUUGGUUGCCAGCCAGAUGGACCCUACAAAGUGUCAAAUUCUCCAGAUGAUGUUGUGAAGCAUUUCAUGAAACCUUUGUACAAAUCCGGCAGAAAUCUAACUACAGAUAACUGGUACACCAGUUAUAAACUUGCUAAGGAUUUACUUAGCGAAAAGAUUACGCUGGUGGGAACAAUGAGAAAAGAUAAAAGACAAAUACCUGUUGACUUUAAAAUGUGUAAAGGAAGAGAAAUACAUUCUUCCAUCUUUGGCUUUCAGCAAGAUGCUACUUUAGUGUCUUAUGUUCCGAAAAAAAGUAAAUGCGUAAUUUUGCUUUCGACAAUGCAUAAUGAUGAUGCAAUUGACAUAGACACCGGAGAUGCUAAGAAACCAGAAAACAUCACGUUUUACAACUGCACAAAAGCAGCUGUCGAUGUUGUAGAUGAAAUGGCUGCAAACUACUCAACUGCUCGCAAAACAAAUAGAUGGCCACUAGUGAUUUUUUAUUCAAUUUUGAAUGUUGCUGCUAUUAAUGCCAGGAUUGCUUUGCUGUCAAAUAAGGAUCCGCCUAUUCUGUAUCAAAAGAGACGACGUUUUAUUAAGGAUUUAGCAUUAUCUCUCAUUAAUGAUUACACCAAUAAAAGAAUGGAUAAUCCGAAUUUGUCCCAUGAAUUAAGAGAACAUCUACAAAACUCUUGUCGCCCUGAAUCUGAAGAACCUCCAAAAAAGAAACUAAAAGUUGCCUCAAAAGGAAGAUGCAUAUUUUGUCCAAGAAAUAAGGACAUAAAAACUACGGGAGCCUGCAAUCUGUGUGCAAAUUUUGUUUGCAAGGAACACCUUUUUAGUGUAUGUAAUUGUUGUCUCCAGAAAAGCAAAGAAUAA